UCUCCCGGCGGAGGCGCAGCUCGAGAAGGAGGAGGAAAAGCUUUAGGAGGGGAGCCGAGGUGCCGGGGUUGGAGGAUGGAGCCCCGGGCUGCCUCGACUGCUGAGCCCGAGCCGGCCGCGUCCCCCUCCUUCCAGGCCCGGCUCUGGAAGAACCUGCAGCUGGGGGUGGGCAAGGGCAAGGGCGGCGGAGCGGGGCGCGCUGGGGGCCCUGAGCGCCGCACUGCGGCCACUCUGACCCCGUCCCCGCCGCCCCCGAGGACCACGCAGGACUCCCUGGCCAGCGUCGCGAGUACUGGCAGCAGGUGGAGCGGCUUCAAGAAGCGGAAGCAAGUGCUGGACCGAGUGUUCUCCUCCUCACAGCCCAACCUGUGCUGCUCCUCACCAGAGCCCCUGGAGCCAGGAGGAGCAGCAAGAGCCGAGCAGGGGUCCACGCUGCGCCGCCGCCUACGCGAACAUCUGCUGCCCGUGGCUAAGGGGUCCUCGACAGCCGCGGGGACAGCCGGAGUGACGCCUCCUGGCGGCGGACGCUCUCCGGACUCAGCUCCUUCUUCGGCCUCCUCCUCCCUGUCCUCUUCUCCCCAACCGCCCCCGAGGGGGAACCGUGUCCGAGAUGACGGCACACGGCGUGCGGUCCCUGGGGUGCACCUGUGCCACCAAAAGAGCUCCUCUUUGCCCGGAACCGCGUGCCUGGAGCAGUUGCUGGAACCGGCGCCACCUCCUGCAGAAUCGUCCCGGGGUCUCGGCGAACCCCAGGCUCUGCAGAAGGGCAAGGGCGAAGAGCAUGGCUGCAGCCAGAAAAUAAGUACAGUUGGAACCAGUAAUGCAGAUGUCCCUUUGGCUGAUCCCGGAAUGUACCAGUUGGAUAUCACACUAAGAAGGGGUCAAAGUUUAGCUGCCCGUGAUCGAGGAGGCACAAGUGAUCCAUAUGUGAAGUUUAAAAUUGGAAGAAAAGAAGUUUUUAGAAGCAAAAUAAUCCACAAGAACCUCAAUCCUGUGUGGGAGGAGAAGGCUUGCGUGCUCAUUGACCAUCUUAGGGAGCCACUAUAUAUCAAGGUAUUUGACUAUGAUUUUGGACUGCAGGAUGACUUUAUGGGCUCAGCCUUUCUCGAUCUCACACAGUUGGAGUUAAACAGGUCCACAGAUGUCACCUUAACUCUGAAAGACCCCCAUUAUCCUGACCAUGACCUUGGAAUCAUUUUGCUGUCAGUCCUCCUUACUCCUAAGGAAGGUGAACCCAGGGAUGUGACAAUGCUAAUGAGGAAGAGUUGGAAAAGAUCCAGUAAGGAACUCUCAGAAAAUGAAGUGUUUGGAUCUCACUUCUCUGUGCAGUCUUUCUUUUGGAGGACCCACAGUUUACGCCUGUCAGACCAGCACAGGAAAUCACAUCUGUGGAGAGGGAUAGUCAGCAUCACCUUGAUUGAGGGUCGAGACCUCAAAGCAAUGGAUUCCAAUGGGUUGAGUGACCCAUACGUGAAGUUCCGGCUUGGCCAUCAGAAGUACAAGAGCAAGAUUAUGCCCAAAACUUUGAACCCUCAGUGGAGGGAGCAAUUUGAUUUCCAUCUCUAUGAAGAAAGAGGCGGGAUCAUGGACAUCACUGCCUGGGACAAAGAUGCUGGAAAGAGAGAUGACUUCAUUGGAAGGUGCCAGGUCGACCUGUCAUCCCUCAGUAGGGAGCAAACGCACAAGCUGGAGCUGCAGCUGGAAGAGGGUGAGGGCCACCUGGUUCUGCUUGUCACUCUGACAGCCUCGGCCACAGUCAGUAUCUCUGACCUCUCUGUCAACUCCAUGGAGGACCAGAAGGAGCGGGAAGAGAUAUUAAAGAGAUAUAGCCCACUGAGGAUAUUUAACAACCUAAAAGAUGUGGGAUUUCUUCAGGUGAAAGUCAUCAGGGCAGAAGGCUUGAUGGCUGCAGACGUCACAGGUAAAAGUGAUCCAUUUUGUGUAAUAGAACUGAACAACGAUAGGCUGCUAACACACACUGUGUACAAAAACCUCAACCCUGAGUGGAACAAAGUGUUCACAUUCAACAUUAACGACAUUCAUUCAGUUCUUGAAGUGACAGUUUAUGAUGAAGAUCGUGACCGGAGCGCCGACUUUCUGGGCAGAGUCGCUAUACCAUUGUUGUCUAUUCAAAAUGGUGAACAGAAAGCCUACGUCUUGAAAAACAAGCAGCUGACAGGGCCAACAAAGGGGGUCAUCUAUCUUGAAAUAGAUGUGAUUUUUAAUGCUGUGAAAGCCAGCUUACGAACAUUAAUACCCAAAGAACGGAAGUACAUUGAAGAGGAAAACAGACUCUCUAAACAGCUGCUUCUAAGAAACUUUAUCAGAACAAAACGUUGUGUCAUGGUGCUUGUAAAUGCUGCAUACUACAUUAAUAGUUGCUUUGAUUGGGAUUCGCCCCCAAGGAGUCUUGCUGCUUUUGUGCUCUUUCUCUUCGUUGUCUGGAACUUUGAGCUCUACAUGAUCCCGCUGUUGCUGCUGUCACUCCUGACGUGGAACUACUUCCUAAUAGCAUCUGGUAAAGACAACAGGCAGCGGGACACUGUAGUGGAGGACAUGCUGGAGGAUGAGGAAGAAGAAGACGAUAGAGAUGACAAGGAUGGUGAAAAAAAAGGAUUUAUGAAUAAAAUCUAUGCGAUCCAGGAAGUCUGUGUCAGUGUCCAGAACAUCCUAGAUGACGUGGCUUCCCUUGGCGAAAGGAUAAAGAAUACUUUCAACUGGACUGUCCCAUUCUUAAGCUGGCUGGCCAUUGUAGCCCUCUGUGUGUUCACGACCAUUCUAUACUUCAUCCCACUGAGAUACAUUGUUCUUGUCUGGGGAAUUAAUAAAUUUACAAAAAAGCUUCGGAGUCCAUAUGCAAUUGAUAACAAUGAACUACUUGACUUCCUUUCCAGAGUUCCUUCAGAUGUACAAGUGGUGCAGUACGAAGAACUGAAACCAGACCACUCUCAUAGCCCAUACAAAAGGAAGAAAAACAACCUUGGCUAGCCAGCUCUGAGGAGACCAGCA